AUGGUGCAUGGACGUGGACUGAUGGCACUCCGUGGGACUACAGUCAGCAAAUAUGCACUGAGGGUGGCAGCGACUUUUUGGUGCGUGAUCGUUAGCACAACAGACGACGAUUGUACGGGUGACUGCGGGGAGGGUUUCGGCGGAUGGGUGACUGCAGAUCCGCCCGAUGCUGAGGCUAUUCCCUAUUUCGUUUGCAAGAAGCCAAAUGUC